CCUCACAUACCGAUGUAUCAUGUUAUGCUGAAAGCAACCAAGUUAGUCCAAGGCCGUGAUACACCAUCCCCCUAGACAGCUACGGGUUAUGCACUCCCGACAUCCAACCUCACAGCUAUAAGCUCCAAGCUCAGCCAAACCCAGAUCAUCACACUUUAGACCUGAUCCUAUCCUUUUGCUCGACUCCCUCAAAUCAGAUCUCACCAAACAGCAACGAACCCGAGCACAGACUUACACCAACAACACCACCACCGAAAUGCAUCUCCCACUCCUUCCACCCACCCUCGCUCACAUUCUCACCACCUUCACCUCUCUCACCACCCUCACCACCCUCACCCUCAUUUCCCCCAUUUCCGCUGUUGAACCCGCCAACACCGACCCUAUCCAAAAACCCAUUUCCAUGAUCGACACCUUCCGCAAAUCCUGCGUCAACUGGCAAGUCGACUCAGCCGCCUGCUCCAUCCACGGCAUCUGCAAGCUCACCGACGACUCUCACGAGGCGUCCCACCCCAAACUCCACGGGUGGCGCGAGACGAACUUGGAUUUGAACGAGUGCAUUUGGUUUGAUGCUAAAGAGAGUAAAUUGAAGUGGUUUGAGGAGAAGGAUGGGAAGGUUGAGGAUUUAUCUGGGACAGCAAACUUUUGCCGCGACUUUUGUGAUUGUUGGCUUUAUGGAGGGGGUAUGUCGGGGGAUAUGAUGGCUUGUCUUUGUGAUUCGGGGGGGCAUAAGAGGGAUACGUGGAGUUCGUUGAAUUUGAGUAAGUAUUUUUCGGUUCCCUUUUCCUGUGAUGGAUGGAGCUGACGUGAAGUAGCGGAACGUAUUGCGAAUGGAGGGGGACAUUUCGAGUGUUUUGGGCGGAAGGAAAAUUAGAGGUGGGCAGGCUUUUGGUGUACACGGAUCUAGGAAGUGGAAGUCAUCACGGCCGUGAUCACUCUUUUGGCAACAUGGGGAGGAGCUGAAGCAGGAGAGCAGGGGGUGAGGAAGGAACUCGACGAUGAUACAUGCGACUGACAGAAUGAGAAACAACCAAGGAAGGAGCAAGGGUACAGCACAUAGGUCCCAUCAAUCGUGAUUAUUGCUUUUCGAUUGAUGAAGCGUUUCUU